CUGGAAGGGGGGCGGAGCCCGCGGAGGCUCCGUUUCGCUCCGGUGUUUGUUGUUUGUGAGGAGGCAGUGCUGUGUGUGGACUAUCGAGUGGCCUGCCUGCCAAGACGUUUCUUUUCUUUUCUUUUUUUUUCUUUUUAAAUUGCAACUUUUUUCAGGAUUCGGGGCGGAUUAGAGAGGCACGCGGAGGAUGGCACGCGGAGGAUUGAGGUCUCGCUUGGCUCGCGCGGUGCGCAAAGACAUGUCUUUCUGAACGACGGCCACUCGGGAUGCUGGAUCUCUGCUGAGAGCUCGCCGACGUGUGCUCUUUUUUUGUGCGGAUUCCUCUUCCAUCUUUUCCCUAAAUGAAGUUCCUCCGUACCAACGAAACAAUUUCAAACUCGACUGUUUAUCUUCGAAUGGUUGAAAAUGAUGUUGGUUCGUAACAAACCAGGAUAACGAAAGGGCAGCUACGUGCCAACACCCGCGUUACUUUCCUUCGAAACUCACCUGCUCCUGGAUUUUAUUGGGAUUAUCAAUCGGCCAUUGAUGCAUCUCGGGGAGUCCACCAGAGAGUGCGAGUACAGCCAGAUCAGCACUCGCAGUUCCACACCAAUGGAGACUCCUUACAAGAAAAAGACUCCAAAGAAGAGAAAGUGGGAGACCUUUCCUGGUCGGAAUAGAUUUUACUGUGAUGGGAGGAUUAUGAUGGCAAAGCAGACUGGGGUUUUCUACCUCACCCUUGUUCUCAUACUUGUGACCUGUGGACUGUUCUUCACCUUUGAUUGUUGGUUCCUGGCGGAGCAGCUGACCCCCAUCAUUCCAGUUAUAGGAGCCGUGCUUUUUCUGUUUGUCAUUGGGACUCUACUGAGAACCAGCUUCAGCGAUCCGGGGGUGCUGCCCAGAGCCACACCUGACGAGGCCGCAGACCUGGAAAGGCAAAUAGAUGUUGCUAACGGCAGCACAGGCUACAGACCUCCCCCCAGGACGAAGGAGGUGGUCAUCAACGGCCAGACAGUGAAGCUAAAAUACUGCUUCACGUGCAAAAUCUUCAGACCACCUCGUGCCUCCCACUGCAGCCUCUGUGACAACUGUGUGGAGCGUUUUGACCACCACUGUCCCUGGGUGGGGAACUGCGUUGGAAAGAGGAACUACCGCUUCUUCUACAUGUUCAUCCUGUCUCUGUCCUUCCUCACCGUCUUCAUCUUUGCCUUUGUCAUCACACACAUUAUUUUAAACUCACAACGGAUUGGGUUCCUGAGCGCACUAAAAGACAGCCCUGCUAGCGUGCUGGAGGUGGUGGUGUGCUUCUUCUCCGUCUGGUCCAUCGUAGGGCUCUCUGGCUUCCAUACCUACCUUAUCAGCUCCAACCAGACCACCAAUGAAGAUAUAAAAGGUUCAUGGUCGUCGAAAAGGUCAAAGGACAACUACAACCCGUACAGCUAUGGCAACAUAUUCACCAACUGCUGUGCGGCGCUGUGCGGACCCCUCCCACCAAGUCUCAUCGACAGACGAGGUUUUAUCCAAUCAGACGCUCCGCAGCUAGCACCGCCAACCAACGGCCUCCCCAUGUAUGGCUCCACCCAGUCCCAGCAAAGCCAUAAGUGUGACCAAGACCAGUGCAUUCAGAGCACCAAAUUCGUUUUGCAGGUCGCCACCACCCCCCUCCUCCAGCAGCAGCAGAGCAGCGAGCCGGUCAUCCUCAGCCCCGAGAACGGAGCGUCCUUACCGGGCCGCGCCUCUCUCGCCCUGGGCGGCCCGUGCACCUCGCUCCCCCUGGGGCAGCCCACCCCGCCAGCCUCCACCCCCAGCCUCAGCUGCCACGAGGCCACGGACUUGCUGCCGAUUCAUGGCCACCCGCACAACCACAGCCACCCUCUGCAGGAGCAGCUGGCCCACCACCACUUCCUGACUCCCGAGGAGGUGCCCUCACCCCCCGGUAUGCUGCACUGCGGCAGCCCGCUGGGCCACAGCCACACCAUGCAGGGCAGCUUCUACAACCCGGCCAGCCAGGACUCGCUCCACGAGGACUCGGUCAGAGGACUGGUGAAGCUCAGCUCCGUCUGACAGCGGGGUGGAGUCCCCCUGAAGUCACAACUCCCCCCUGUGCUCCUUCAGGAUCAGCUGACUCCCACAGGAUCUGCAGACACUGCAGACUCACGGAGGGAAGCUGUCCUCAGCCAAUGUGUUGCCAAACUCGUCUGCUGGAACUGGGAGAUGAACUCGUGGUGCAUGACCCAUCAGUCCAGGUUCUCCUUUGUUUGCUCCUCAAAGCAACAGCCAGAAGCUGUGAGGAGGAGGAGGAGUCCGGUUUUCAAAGUGGCAUAAAUGUCUGUAAGCCAUUUCAAGCAAAAAUGUUCCGUCAGACGGCCGAGUUUGAGGCGAUGGACGAACUUUCUUCUGUCUUUUGACACGUCACUCGAGCCCGUUUGCCUGUUGCUGAUUGGCCCGUGUCCUCUGCCUUUUUAUUUCUGGGGCGUUCUCCGCAGUGCAAUGGUUGAUGUAAACAUGUUCCAUAUCAUUGUUUUUCUAUGUAAAAAAAAAAAAAAAAAGCAACAAAAAAUGAUACCGUUGUACUGUAUUAUGGUUAUUAAAACUCUUACAAACUAUAUUUCCUGUGGAUAUUAAUAAAGCACCUCGGAGGCAUGUGUUUGUAUCAAAAGGAACAAUAAAAUCGCCGCAUGGGG